AUGGAGCAUUUUGGAGCUGGAACGCCCGCGCUUCCAGCUGAUGAUCUCCAAACAGCGGAAUGUGGCGGCAGUGGUAUCGGCGGUUGGAGUGCUGGUUGUGAUGAUGAUGAUGAUGAUGAUGGUGGUGGUGGUGGUGGUGGUGGUGGUGGUGGUGGUGGCGGUGGUGCGAUAGUGGUGGUUGAUGUGAUGGUAGUGACAGUGGUGGUGUUGGCGGUUGUAAUGGUAUUGGUGGUUAUGGUGAUGGCGCACUGA